CUAAUGUUGUUACCAAAAGAACGGUUAACGACAGAGUGCAAAGAUUUCAGAAAUAAAAUUCAACAGACGCUUUAAUAUGUAACUCUAUUAUGUGUAGUUCUUCUUAUUCAAAAGCCUUCCCAGUUCCCACUGUGUAUGAACAUGCAAUCUCAGAGCUUCUUCCUCUCUAGUAGUCUAGUGUAAUAAUAACGGAAUAGAAUUCUUCAGAAUCUCCUUCAGAGAAAUCCUUUUUUCAUCUGCAACCAUCUUAUAAUCCCAUAAAUCCCAUCUUCGCAGAUUUGGCUUUGUCUGAAGACUCAUACUUGUGCCCAUUUACUUGUGCAGAAGAAGAGGAUUAUCUGUUAUACCUGUAAUUGGCCAUUUCCUUGGGUUUCAACUUCGAGAAGUUCUUGUAUGAAUGGAAUCAGAAAAGCUUCCUUUUUGGCUGGAGUCGUAGGCAUCUCUUUUUUUCUCAAGGGUUCUUAGAUCUGAGGUUCUGUAGUAGAAUCCUUUUGGCGUAAAUGGAACAGCAAGGUUUAGGUUCUGAUUCCGUCCCUCCUUCUGGGUUUGUUGAUAAGUCCAAGGUGUUGGAUGUAAAACCACUGAGAUGUUUAGCUCCUGUGUUUCCUUCCUCCCCUGGUAUGGGUUCAGUUUCGAAUCAACAGGCCACACCUUUUGUUUGUGUUCCUCCUAGUGGCCCAUUUCCACCUGGUGUUGCACCGUUGUACCCCUUUUCCAUUCCAGGUGGGUCUCAGAAUAAUCAAACACCAACUGGCGGAGCGUCCAACCAUGGUUUGGGUAGCAAUAUACCUUCCCCGGUUCCAUUGAAUGCAUUCAGAACUCCAUCGGCCAACGGGGUGCCAAGAGGUCGUGGACGUCCUAGGAAAAACAGCCAGAAUAGCACGCCUCAAGGGAUAGUCAUAGAGGACGAUAAUUAUAGUGAUGGCUUUACUAUACAUAUGAAUGAUGUUGAAGAUGGGAGCAGUAGCAGGAGGCGAAAGGUUGGAUUGCAGAAAAGGACAAGGGGGGCUAAUGGCGAGCAGGAAGAUUCCCUCCCAGAAGUUGAUGCUGAUGGGGAGGCUAACAAAUUGAUCGCUAUGUUCGAAAUGGUGGACGUGGAUCCUAAUAGAAAAUCUAAUGGUGACAGGGAGAUUGUUCAGCGGGUACUAUUUGUGUUCGAUUUACUUAGGAGAAAACUUACUCAAAUUGAAGAAUUAAGAGAGGCAAAUCCUGGAGCUAGUAGGCGCCCAGAUCUUAAGGCGGGUAAUACCUUGAUGACUAAUAAAGGUAUUCGCACCAAUUCUUUGAAAAGGGUUGGAAGCGUUCCCGGGGUUGAGGUUGGUGAUAUUUUCUUCUUCAGGAUGGAACUGUGUUUGGUAGGGUUGCAUUCUCCCAGCAUGGCUGGGAUCGACUAUAUGAGUGUUAAACUUACCCUGGAUGAAGAGCCUCUGGCAGUCAGUAUUGUCUCAUCUGGGGGCUACGAUGAUGACGGCGAUGAUGGUGACGUGUUGAUAUACAGUGGGCAGGGUGGAGUGGCAAGGAGAGACGGCCAGAUGUUUGAUCAGAAACUGGAAAGGGGCAAUCUUGCUAUGGAGAAGAGUGUGCAUCGUGCAAACGAAAUACGGGUCAUUCGGGGAUUGAAGGACGUUCAUGGUCCAAGUGCAGCGGCGAAGGUAUAUGUUUAUGACGGUGUUUAUAAGAUUCAGGAGUCAUGGACGGAGAAAAAUAAGUCCGGGUGCAGUGUUUUUAAGUAUAAACUGCACCGAGUACCUGGGCAGCCUGCAGCAUUUACAUUGUGGAAAGCAAUUCAGCAAUGGAAGGAUGGAGUUAUUUCAAGAGCUGGAAUCAUUUUGCCAGAUUUAACCUCGGGCGUGGAAAGUCAUCCCGUUUCCCUUGUUAAUGACAUUGAUGAUGAAAAAGGUCCCGCCUAUUUCACAUAUAUUCGGAGUCUGAAGUACUCGCAGCCUUUCUCUUCACCUAAGCCCUUUACAGGUUGUCAUUGCCUUGGUGGAUGUCAACCGGGCGAAUCCAAUUGCCCGUGCAAUCAGAGAAAUGGAGGAUAUAUCCCCUACAGCCCUCUUGGAAUCAGGAUGAAUUACAAAUCUUUGGUACACGAGUGUGGCCAGACGUGCUCGUGCCCUCCCAAUUGCCGGAAUCGGAUGACUCAAUCAGGUCUCAAAUUCCAGUUAGAAGUGUUUAGAACAAAGGAGAGAGGUUGGGGACUGAGAUCGUGGGACCCCAUUCGUGCAGGUGGGUUUAUCUGUGAGUAUGCAGGUGAGGUUGUUGAUGCUUCUAAGGCUGAUGAGAUUGGGAGUGACAGUGAAGGCAGUUUUAUGUUUGAUGCCACUCGAGUUUCUGAACCAAUGGCACCUGUGAGUGAUGCUUCGGGCGAGUUGUCGACGAAAGUUCCAUUUCCGCUUUUUAUUAGUGCGAAGAACAGUGGGAAUGUUGCUCGCUUUAUGAACCAUAGUUGUUCACCAAAUGUUUACUGGCAGCCUGUUUUACGUGAGAACAACAACGAGUCAUUUCUCCAUAUUGCUUUCUUUGCCCUUUACCAUAUACCUCCACUGCAGGAGUUGACAUUUGAUUAUGGGAUGCCUGCAGCUGGCCAAGUAAGUCUCAGGAGAAAGAAAUGCUUUUGUGGCUCGCGAAAAUGCAAAGGUUUCUUCUAUUGAGAAUUACGUGGGAGCAAGUCCCGCCAAGGAACCAGCUUUUGCUCUAGGUAUGUAGUAGCUCUUGUUCCCUUAAUACAAAUACGGUUUCUCUUUACUAUUUGAGGGACAAAUUUUCUUUCCUGGGGAUUGCUAAGAAACUUUUAAUUCAUCCAACCUUGAAUUUGUACCCAAUUUUCAGUGUUUCCUUAAUUUGAGUUCUUUCUUGCAUUUUCAGUGUUUCCAAUUUGAGUUCUUGUUUUGGUCAUUACUUUGAUCUGAAUUCAUUCCUUUAUUCCUUAUUCCUUAGUUACUUUGAUCUGAAUUCAUUCCUUAAUUCCUUAAUUUUGUUUUGGUCAUCUUGGCCAUUGGUUUUCUUGGCUGCAGGAUGUAUUAUGAAUUUAAACUUUAGCUGCAGGGUGAAUAUGGUUUUAUUUUGGGACAGGAGUCUCUCCUUUUUUUCCGGAAACAGAAAUUUUUUAUGCUGCUUUUUCUUUUCUCAGUUGGAUGUCUAGCUGACGGUAGGGAGUUAUUCACCUGAGGAAUUAAAUGCAAUCAGCUGCAGUAAAUUAUGCGGAAUGUCUUCUAGUGAAUUUUGGGUUUCAGCAGGAGGAGCCAAAAACAGGUUUGUGUACUAGUGUAGGGUUUUGGAGCUCCAAAAUUUGUGUACUUUUAUGUAGUUCCCAUCUGAAUGUAUCUGUAUCUUGAGACACCUAGCCUGUAGCUCGAUUGGAUGGACCUGUAUUUUGCUGUUGUUUAGCUUAUUUGGUGGUAGUUGGCCUUACUAGGGUUAUUUCCCGUUUUGUGUUGGUUGACUGUAUAUUGUAAUGCUAGCUUGUUUGCUACAAACACUGUGGGGCAGGGUGCCACUCUGACCACUAUUUUGUUGUCAUAUUAGCUUUUUUCGGGCGUUAGUAUAAACUUUUGGGUGUUCUGUAGUGAAUGCUGACCUUGGUUUAAUGUCAAGAAAGCAGCGUAACACCCGUUUCCUUCAAUAGUUUUAGUUGCUUUUCUGAAGCUGAGCAUGUAGUUGAUCCAGAAAAAUUGGUUAUGGUUCAAGAUGGGUUGCUUCCUUUAUAUGUAUGGAUGUCACAAGUACAAUUAUUGAGUAAGCUCUGAGAUUAAUUUGUGUAGACGAGGGGUCGGGAGGAAUUAUUUGUGAAAAGUAAUGUAAGUGAAUGAGAAUGAUGAAUGUGUUGCAGAAGGGAUUAGUUUGUGCUGCAGUGUGUAAUGUGCCACUGUUGAGGAUCAUCAGCGUAAAGGGUGCAGGAGGGAUAACGAGUCUCAAAUUUAGCUGCAGCUUCAUUUGAAAAUCUAGUGUGUAGAGUUGUCAACUUGUGGAGGAUUUAGUCGUGUUAAUGGAAAACUGAAAGCAAUUGACACUUAGAGAGUGAAUAUCUUCAAAGUGCAUUUGAGGGUGCAACAUAUGGCUUGCAUGAGGCAGUUUUGGUUGCUUAUGUUUUCCCCAGAAAACCAGACUAGGAAUUCGUUGAUUCUCUUGUGGUCAGAGGAUUGGCGUAGUAAGUGUACAAGUUGGGCACAUUCUUUGGUUGAUCUGAGGAUGGCGUAACAUUUGAACUUUGAAGGCUUGGACUCUGCGUGUUCAAAAGAAGCAGCCUUCAACAUGUUGUCCUGGGUACGGACUCCAUUUUAUCAAUAGCGUUGGAUCAGAAUGAAUGAAUGUUUAAGCAAAUCAAAAGUGGCUGUUAAUUAUUUGAACCGGGCGUGAAUAACAGAUUGCUGUGGCGGGGUCUUAAAUUUUGUUCAAAAGAUUGUUGCUUCUGCAAAGGGUUUCGAGACUUGAUGAGCGUAUUGUAUAGAAUAGAUAACUAAAGUAAUUAUAUGGGAUUAGUAGGACGCCGGAAAUGCAGUAUCAAAUUCCCAUUACCUCUAUUCUCAUUACUGCAUAAACAACACAUCCUCAAAGUAAACAUGAUUGGAUUGCACACGUAUAAGCAGGGUUUGUUGACAUUUACUUAGUGAAACGAGAUCACUGACUAAGGUGACAUAUAUACAAAUACUUAAUUUUAUUUUAUUGAAGUUGGUAAUUAUUGAGAGAGUGACUUGGAGUUUUAGAGCUUAUUUGAUAACAUUAUUUAAUGUUUAAAAUUAAGUAUUUUUUCAAUUAUUAAGCAUGCUUUUUGAAAGUGCAGUAC